AUGAUCAAAAUCACCUCGUCGUUGCUCGCUCUCGUGCUAGCGCUCUGUGUUCAUGCCGCGUCUGUGGACACGCUCUAUCCGAAUCUCACUGAUCCGUCAGUGAUCAGGCAUGCUCCGUACGACUCGAUGAUGCACGGGUCCAAAUACGAGACGCGCACGGGGCCGUCGGAUGGCACGUACAACUACUGCUCCAUGCCGCAUCCAAUCGCGUCUAUGUAUAAGGAACCGGAGCCUGUCGUGAAUGGCACAGUUAAGGCGAAUCUGACUGCGGUGCUGUAUAUCCAACGUCACCAAAAGCGCACCGCCUACAACCUGUUCCCGUACGGCGAGAACGAGCAUUACGACUGCACGGAUGCAGAGCCCUUCCUCUACAUGGGUUCCUCGAACGCGUCGCGUCCUAAGCCACUCCCGGUGUAUGCGGCCACCUACGUGGACCGCCAGAACCCGCUGUAUGCCACCCUGACCAACUCGACGUGCCAAUUCCCGCAGCUGACCGUCGGUGGUUUCCUGGACGGUGUCCAACAUGGGAAAGAGCUCUACGAGCUGUACGGUGACAAGUACGGCAUCAUUCCUCGCGAGCCUUCCCCGGAGACCGUAUGGCUCCGCUCUUCCACCGCUCCCCUCACCCAAGGCUCGGCUGGCGGUGUGCUGCGCGGCCUUUGGCCGCACUACAACAAGCCGCUACCGCUCCACCAGCAGAUUGACAGCAUCGACUCGCACGAGCCCUCGUGCGACUACCUCGACACGCUAAAGUCGGCCUUGAUGACGACAAAGGCAUGGAAGAAGCAUCUGAAGGAGACUGAAUCGCUGCGCAAGGAGCUGGCGGACAUGCUGUUCACGAACAACAGCGACUGGAACACAAACUUUGACCACUACAACGAUAACUUCCAGGCACGCCUGUGCAAUGGCUACAAGCUUCCAUGCGACCAGUCGGGUUCUGGCAAGUGCGUUACGGAUGAGCAGGCGCGCCAGGUGUUUGUAGCCGGCGAUUGGGAGUACAACUACUAUUGGGUCGACCGCGAAAAUGUGACCGAGGCCAUUCAGCUCACAAGCGGUCUCUACAUCCAGGACUUGCUGAAGCAGCUCCAGGACGUCGAGAGUGGCAAGUCUACCCUCAAGUACAUGCACCACUUUAUGCACGAUGGUGACAUUGGCCCGCUCGCUGGCUCUCUGGGCAUCCGCUCGCUCCGCUGGCCCGGUAUGGCAUCCAACAUUGCCAUCGAACUGUGGAAAACAGACAGCCACCGGGCCUAUGUCCGCGUCCUCUACAGUGGCCACACCCUGCAGUCGCGCCACGGCAACAUGGACUGGAUGCCGUUCCGCGAAUUUGUCCACCUCUGGAGCCAGUACGUGCCGCGCGACUUCGUCGCGCAAUGCGCGCACAGUUAA